UUUGCAUGCACUCGACCACUUGACCACAUACUCUCGCCGCCACAUAUCCGCUCUCCUCAUUGCUGCAGAAGUGGCGGACAAAAUGGAGCAGGAACUCAACCAGGUCGUCCAGGCCAUUGCCAUCGCGUCCGAUCCGAGUCAGGUCGCUCUCCACCAACAAGCCCUGCAGUUUCUGUCCACUGUUCAGCAAAAUGCGGAAAAUACGUGGCGUCUUGCGUUGGCCGUCUUCGUCGAGACCAAUCCGAAUGGAUCGAGAAAACAUGCCGCACAAGCUCGAUUUUAUGCUCUGCGGGUCCUGGACGAAUUUCUAGACAAUCGAUUUGAGCCGCUAGAUGACGAUUCUUUCCAGACAUUGCGACAAGGCCUAGUGACCUACAUCCAAUCUGAAUAUAUCUACGGGUCAGCAGAGAUGGAUGCAUCAUUCCUCCGGAACAAGUUUGCACACACACUCACGCUGUUUUUCCUCUGCACGUACAUGGACCAGUGGCCGACAUUCUUCACCGACCUCUUCACGUUGAUUCGGCCUGCAGAGUCAACAUCGCAGACCACCUACAAUCAACAUGUCUCUCUGCUUUUCUUCCAUAUAGUGCUCGAGAUCUCUGGGGAGGUCGCAGACCAGAUGAUCAAGUCCGCACGACAAUUCAGCCAGGCGCGACAAGCACGCGAUGCUCGUGUUAGAGAUGCCGUACGCGAUCGGGAUGCUGGGCGUAUCAACGAGGCAGUCUUGACUAUUGUGGCCGAUGGUGCGGAGAGGAUGACCGCGUUGCGCAAGGCUGGGACGGCGAGCGCUGGCUCGCGCGAACUCGAUGGUGCUGUUGAGGUGGUGGAUUGGGGCGUCAGAACCUUUGCGUCUUACGUCGGUUGGAUCGACAUCAACCUGACCGUCACUCCGACAACUGUGCCAUUGCUGUUCUCGUUACUGUCCGACCUCUCGCUGGCCAUCCGAUUAGCUACCUCUGCGGCGCUGCUCAGAAUCACCUCAAAAGGCUUGAAAGAGCCUGGGGACAAGCUGCAGCUGAUCAAGGUCUUGUCCCUUGGGCAGGUGCUUGAUGCAUUGGAAGCAAAAACACGCCUCGAACAAGCCACACGAGAAUCGGAUGUGGACGAAGGCGAGGAGUCCUACCGGGAAGCCCUUGGCCGCCUGCUGAACGUCCUCGGCCUUGAGCUAUGCAAGCUUGUCGAGGAGGCUACAACGGACGAUGUACGAUCAGAAGCGUCACAACUACUCGACCAGAUCCUUCCCGUCAUGCUGCGCUUCAUGGCAGACGAGUACGACGACACAGCGUCCACCGUAUUCCCAUUCCUGCAGAAUGUCCUCAGCAACUAUAAGCGCGGGCGGAAAACAUCGUCGGAACCUCUAGAGGAGUCAAAGCGGACGUUCUUGACGUCGCUUCUCCGAGUCGUCCUCCAGAAGCUCAAGUGGGAAGAGGACAGUGAUCCGGACGACAUGGACGAAGACGAUAAAGCUGCGUUUGAAGAUCUGCGCAAGGAUCUUCGCACAUUCACGGACUCCACUCAUGUCAUAGAACCGUCCCUGGUCACGGAUGCGGUGCGGACAUUGGUGCUUAAUACUUUCACGGCAUAUCGCAACGGUGCCACCGUGAAGUGGAACGAUGCUGAGCUCGCCGUGUACUUGGUGUACAGUUUCGGCGAGAUCAACAAGAGUGGAAGCAAAGGGCGCGCAGCGUUCUGCCUAUCAUCAUCCGUCGCGAAGGAAAAGCGAAAAGAGGCCGACUAUUCGGAGUAUCCUCUGACUCCUCACGGGGAGAUGCUCUACGCCAUGAUCGAGUCCGGGAUCUCUGCGUACCCGCACAAAACGGUCGUUAUGCAGUUCUUCGAGGCUGCAGCCCGAUAUGGGGACUUCUUCAAGGUACGCAAGGAGUGCAUCAUGCCGACACUACAGGCAAUGAUGGACGCUCGAGGGCUGCAUAACCCCGAGUCCAAUAUGCGUGCACGGGUCUUCUAUCUGUUCCAAAGAUUCAUUCGAGAAGACCGCAACGAGAUAUCCCCCGAGCUUGCGGUGUCUCUCAUCGAGGGUAUGCGAGACCUCCUCACCGUCCAAGUAGAGCUGCCCGAGAUCGAGGAAGGCCAGGAUCUCCUCUCAGAAGCCAUCACCAACCCAGGCAUCUUCGACUCUCAGCUGUACAUUUUCGAGACUGCAGGCAUUCUCGUUUCCCUCCUGUACAAAACGCCGGGCCAGGCCUCCGCGUUUCUCUUGUCCAUCGUGAAGCCGCUGCUAGAGGACCUGUCCGCGAGCCUGCAGGCGGUCAAGGGUGCGGGUGACGUCGUGCCCAUUCUAAAGGUUCAUCAUAUCAUCAUGGCCCUGGGAAACGUUGCCAAAGGAUUUCCAGAUUAUCCUUCACCCGUCCCUGAAGGAUAUAUCUCACCGCCCUUGGAAGUCUUUACUGAGAUUGCGCAGGCUAUCUUGGUGUGUCUAGAAGCUAUGAAUAUAUUCAAGGUCAUCCGAGAUGCGACGCGCUUCGCCUUCGCUCGGAUUAUCGGGACCACGGGCCCUACCAUCACACACCUGAUCCCCCCGCUGAUGGCCAACCUGCUUGCCCACUUCGAGCCGUCGGAGCUGGUAGACUUCAUGAACUUCAUCGGCCUUUUGAUUCACAAACUCCAGGAUGAUAUGUUCAGCGUGCUCGAUCAGCUUAUUGGCCCCUUGAAUGCCCACAUCACUGGCCUUCUGGUACAACCUGCCAAUGGUACCGACGACGAGCUUGCUCGAGCAGAUACGAAGAAGGCCUACCUCGCUCUACUGAAUCAGAUCCUGACGUCCAAGUUGCAAGGGAUCUUCACCUCUGAGCGGAAUAAUACACAGCUCGAGGGCCUUCUAGCCACUAUGAGACAACUGGUGGAGGAUGUCUCAGAUCCUGCGAGCCAGAAGGCUGCCCUGUCGUUCUUCGGACGUUCCCCUGCCGUCAACGGUGACGCGCAAACACAAACGUUACCCGGCUUCGAGCGUUUCAUCUACGAAGCAGUGAUCCCGACUGCUUUCGCGAUCUUGUCGUCGCCGCAGUAUAACAUUAAGGACGGCCAAAUGCUUACCGUCUUGCAUGAGAUCGCCCACCUCCUGCAGACGGUGUUGAAGACUCGGGGCGAAGAGGCUUUCAACUUCUUCGGAAACGUCUUCCUCCCUUCGCAAGGGUGGCCUGCAGAUACUAUCGUAGACUUCACGACAAAACUGCGGGAUCUCGAGCCGAAAGCCUUCCGAAAAUACUUCGCAGACUUCGUGCGCGCCUCGCGCGCGGGGUCAUAAUCUACGUUCACGCAAAUUAACUCCGUAAUUGUGUCUAUACUCCAUGCACCAUCAUGCUAUCCUACACUUGCAAUCUGAAGUCAAAUAUCGCUGUAGCUAACUCCACUCUUCUCUCGUGACACUUGUGCCUCAGGAUCUGACCAGCACGCGCUGUAUUCCCUAUCAUGCUCGCUCACGUACUCACCCCACCUGCCCUACGACACCGUUUACUAUACUUCGUACGCAGCACAAAUCAAUUGUAUU